AUGUUACACACAGCUUCAGGAGUUUCAUCGGGAAUCCGGCCAUACGUUCUUGUGAAGAAGGCUGGUCUUCAAGAUGUGUUCGUAAUCGUCUUCAUGACGGUCCUUUGUACAACUCCUGCGUGCGUCAAUUGCCCGUUUGAAAGCAAAGGGCUGCAUGGCAUCGUUCGUAGUGUUCGUGUACUCAAUAACAUGCUUCUGUUUAAAGAGGAGUAUAUCGGGGAGACGAGUAGCCCUCUUCGUACCCGGGUGAAAGAACACAUGGGUGGCAUGAAAAAGCCCAAAGUCGCUACACCGGGUACAUAG